GCUCUGAAGACUUAAAGAAAUAGUCAAUGGAGACAAAUAAUGUGCAAUCAUCCGCCUCAAGUGGUAAUGUUCGUUCUAAGACCGAUCCGGCAUGGGAGCACUUCACUUUAUCUAUUAAUGAUAAAGGAACAAAGGUUUACCAUUGCCUCUAUUGUGGAAAAAAAUAUCAAGGUGGGGGAAUUUAUAGAAUGAAAGAGCAUUUAGCCGGGAAAAGUGGUAACAUACUUCCUUGUGGGAAAGUCCCUCCUGAUGUUCGUGAAUGCAUCAAAGAAUAUAUCACUAACUCCACAUCUUCCAAAUCAAGAGGGAAGGAAUUAGUUAAAGAAGCAUAUGAAGAAGUAGAAGAGGUUGAAGAACAAGAGAUAAAUCCUACCAAGAAUUUUGGAAAAAGGAAAGCAAAAGGUUCUUUAGAAAAUUUUAUAACAUCAAAGCCAACUUCACUAUCUCAACCAGGAAUCAAGAGUGCAAUGGCAAGCAAGCAAGCAAUUCAUAAGGCAAAUAUGGCAUUUGCUAGGUGGUGUUUUGAUGCUUGUAUUCCUUUUAAUGCUAUGCGGUCACCUUAUUUUCAACCAAUGGUGGAUGCUAUUGGGAGUAUUGGUGUGGGAUAUAAAGCUCCUUCUUAUAAUGACAUGCGAGUUAAUUUAUUGCGGGAUUGCAAGAAAGAAUGUCAGUUGCUUAUUGAUAGCUACAGAAGCCAAUGGGCUAAUUGUGGAUGCACAAUUAUGGGAGAUGGUUGGACGGAUCAAAGGCAAAGAACUUUGAUUAAUUUUUUGGUGUAUUGUACUACAGAAAUAUAUUUUGUGAAAUCUGUUGAUGCCUCAGAUAUUUUAAAAGAUGCCACCAAUUUAUGUAAUUUAUUCAUGGAGAUUAUUGAAUGGGUUGGACCGGAUAAUGUGGUUCAUUUGGUGACUGAUAAUGCAAGCAAUUAUGUUGAGGCAGGAAGGUUAAUACAUGAAAAAUAUGAUCAUAUAUAUUGGUCUCCUUGUGCUGCACAUUGUCUGAAUUUGAUUUUGAAAGAUAUUGGAAAAAGAGAUCAUGUAGUGGAGCUUGUAUCACGUGCUUCCAAGGUGACUACUUUUGUCUACAACCAUAUAUACAUACUAUCUUGGUUGAGAAAAAGAUGGAAAGAGAUUGUGCGUCCAGGAGUAACACGUUUUGCUACUACAUUCAUUACUUUGAAAAGUAUCUAUGAUCAUAAACAUGACUUGCAAGCAUUGGUGACAGAUAAGUAUUACACAAGCCAUAAGUUAUCUAAAAGUCCAGUGGGUAAAACAGUUACUUCUAUUAUCUUGGAUGGCAAAUUUUGGGAAGAAUGUUUAUUUAUGAUGAAGAUUGUAGCUCCCAUCAUUAGGCUUUUACGUGUUGUUGAUGCGGAUGAGAAACCUUCACUUGGUUAUGUUUAUGAAGGCAUGAUUAGGAUUCGAAAAGCAAUCAUGGCCAUCUUCAUAAACAAGUCUACAAUGUAUGGUCCCUAUAUUAAAAUUAUUGAUGAGAGAUGGGAUAAGCAUUUGCGGUGA